AUUGGUUGUUCUGAUAGUAGAUGUCCUUCUAAAAUAAUCACUCAAUCAGGCCUUGGUGAACUUUUUAUUUUUCAAAAUAUUGCUAAUCAAUUUAAAAUUAAUGAUUUAAACACAACAUCGUUAUUAGAAUACACUAUUAAAAGUUUAAAUAUUCAACAUAUAAUUAUUUGUAGUCAUUAUAGUUGCAACAGAGUUGGUCAUAUUAUAGAUACAGCAAAUGAUACUCAAAAUAAUAAUCUCAAUAAAUGGUUAUCCGAUGUUAAAGACACUUAUUUAUCCAAUCAAUUACUUUUUACAAAUAAAUCAAUCGAAGAACAAAAAAAAAUAUUAGUAGACCUUAAUAUUAAAAAACAAGUUUUUACUAUAUCUAAUAUGAAUAUUAGUAAUAAAAAAAUUAUUAUUUAUGGUUUAGUAUAUGAUUUGAAAACAGGUUAUCUUAAAACUCUUAAUAAAUGUGAUUGUAAUUAA